AUGCCCGCGGAGGCCAUGGACCGCGUCGAAGCCCUCAGGGUCGUCUUUCGCUCCCUGGACGACGACGACAGCGGCUCGCUCGAUAUGGACGAGGUCUUGAGGCUCCUCGUCGAGGGCGUGUGUCAGCGAUUGACCUUGGACGAGGCCAUCGCGUACUUCGAGACUCUCGACGCGGACGGCGACGGGACGAUCGACGAGGAGGAGUACGUCGCCGCGAUGCUUCACAUAACGCGCGACUACACCGCGGAGGAGUUCGAGCACGAGGUGAAGCACCUCAUCGCGCGGUCGCGCAAGGCGAUCGAGGAUCCGAAGUACUACUUCCACUGCGACGGGAACCGCGAGUACCUCGGCGACGAGGUCGCGCCGCUGUUAGAGAAAGGCUUAGAGGCACUCCUGAGCGCGGUGGAGAAGGAGCGACUGCGCGUCGCGACCGGGGUGGACUGGGACGAGGACGGGUACCGCCCGGACGACUGGCGGCCGCUGCGGCCGCUGCGCUUCUUGGGCGAGUGGCUAAGGCGAAACUCGAGAACCGGACGCGCCGAGGUCGCCGCGGAGGAGGCGCGGCUCGCGGCGGAGCGCGCGAAGUACGACUGGCGCGACAUCCCGUUCGAGAAACGCACGCGCGAGGAGAAGCUGCGCACGUCGUUCGAGGCGAUGGACCGAGACGACAGCGGGUCGCUGGACUUUGACGAGAUGCUCUUCGUGUGUCGGAAGAUCAACCCCGGCCGCGGGCUCGAGGAGACCAAAUCCCAGGUGGAGUGGCUGGAUAAGGACGGCGACGGGCAGGUGGACGCGGAGGAGUACGUCGGCGCGAUGACGCAGCUCAUGGAGGAGAUCGACGACGAGACGUUCGACGAGGGCGUGAAGAAGGUGCUGACGGCGGUCACGUUCGCGUACGCGACGAGAGAGGAGAAGCUCAAGAUGGUGUUUGACCGCGUGGACGACGACGGCAGCGGCGAGCUCGACCGCGAGGAGAUGACGAAGCUCGCGAGGGCGCUCACCCCGGGCGGGGACGAGGCGAAGGUGAGAAAGACGCUGAAGUGGCUGGACAAGGACGGCGACGCGGCGGUGACGUUCGACGAGUUUAAGACGCCGAUCCUGGAGAUGACGUCGGGGCUGGACGACGACCAAUACGACGCCGCGAUUCACAAACUGCUCGCCGCCGACGGCGAGGCGACGGAGCCGGACCCCGCGGAGGAGCUCCCGACCAAGUUCGCGGCGUACGUAUCCAACUUGAAGACGCACGCGACGGCGCGACAGAUGGGGGUGAAGCGUCUGAACUCCAUGGCGGAGCAGAAGAAGAAGAUCGCCGUCGUGGACUGCCGCGCGGAGGACGAGAGAGCCGUCUCGACGAUCAAGGACUCGAUCGCGCUGUCGGGGAUCGCCGCGUCCGGCGCGAGCGAAGAGGAGAUGAUCGCCAGCGUGACCGCGGCGAUCGAGUCCGGGGACUUCUCCGCCGCGGACGGGUGCGACUUCAUCGUGGUGAUGUCCUCCGUGGGGCUCGAGUCUGGGGUCGCCGCGCCGCUGAUCGCGGAGAAGCUCGGCGAAGGCGUCGACGUCUUCAACUUGUGCGGCGGGAUCGUGUCGUGGUUCAAUCACGGCGGCGAGGUCGUGGACGGCGCGGGGGAGGCGGUGGAGGCGGUGCACCCGGGGACGAAGCGGUGCAUCGGGUUCGUUCGGCCGCGGAAGAACGCGUUCAAGUUUGGCGGCGGCGGGAAGAAGAAGAAGGACGACGACGACGCCGCGUAA